AUGAAGCCUACUGUUCUCGUCACUGGAGCCACUGGCAAACAAGGAUUCGCGACCGUUCGACAUCUUCUAGCAGCGAGUGCCAAAGUUCACGCCGUUGUCCGCGAUCGCUCUUCACCGGUCUCGUUAGAAUUGGAGCGACUCGGGGCAAAGAUUUGUCCUGGCACUUUCGAUGAUCUUGAUUCCUUAAGGGCGGCAGCUGUUGGCACGACAGCUGUUUUCCUUAAUGUAUCGCCGACUAUCAACGAGCCCGAAUUAGAGCUGCGUCAUGCAAAAAAUAUCAUCCAAGCGGCCAAAGAAGCUGGGACAGUAGAUUCUAUUGUUUAUUCAAGUGUGACAAUGACCGGAAAACAUGAGUCAUUUCCUAACUGGGGUCCGGACUAUCCUAUGGGCUGGUACUGGACUUCUAAAGCCGAAAUUGAGUCACACGUGCGGAGCGCAGGCUUCACACAUUGGACCAUCCUUCGGCCGGCAUUCCUUAUGUACAACUAUGUCUCACCUGUCGCCGAUUUCAUGUUCCCCGAGCUGUCCACACGCCAUACCUUCCUCACUGCCUACAAUCCAGGCAAUGCAAUGACAGUGUUUGAUCCUGACGAUCUUGGAAAAUUUGCUGCGGCAGCUUUCUUGGAACCCGAAACAUACAACCACGAAGAAAUCGACCUCGGUGUUGAGGCUCUGACACCGAAAGAGAUUACUCAAAGUUUGACUAAUGCCGCUGGUAAAGAUAUCAAGACAGAGUUCUAUCCCGCCGAGGAGGCUGCUGCGCUUUCCAAGGUGAACCCGGUGAUUCGUUCCCAAUUAUGGGCAAACGAAGUGGGUUACAAGGUGGACUUUGAAGCUCUGAAGAAGUACCCAAUCAAACUCACCACAUUCGAUGAAUAUCUUCAACGAGAAAAGGGGCUUGUUCACAAAACAUUUGAUUAG